AUGACGACCUCAGCGUUGCGUCGCCAGGUGAAGAACAUUGUUCACAACUACUCUGAGGCAGAGAUCAAGGUGCGCGAGGCGACGUCCAACGACCCGUGGGGCCCCUCCUCCUCGCUGAUGUCAGAGAUCGCUGACCUCACCUUUAACGUGGUGGCGUUUGCUGAGGUCAUGGGCAUGGUCUGGAAGCGCCUCAACGACCACGGGAAGAACUGGAGACACGUCUACAAGGCCCUGACGCUGCUCGACUACUUGAUCAAGACCGGCUCAGAGAGAGUGGCUCAGCAGUGCCGCGAGAACGCAUUCACCAUACAGACGCUGCGUGACUUCCAGUACAUGGACCGUGAUGGCCGUGACCAGGGGGGCAACGUGAGGGAGAAGGCCCGCCAGCUGGUGUCUCUACUCAGGGACGAGGAACGGCUCAGACAGGAGAGGAGCCAGGCAUUGACGACUAAAGAACGCAUGACGGCUGGAACGGGGGGAGGAGGAGGAGGGACGGGGGGAGGAUGUGAUCUAGAACAGGCCCGCCCCCAGACCAGCGGAGAGGAGGAGCUACAGUUACAGCUGGCCCUGGCCAUGAGCAGAGAGGAGAGUGAGAAGGACCAGCGUCGUCUCCAAGGAGACGAGUCGUUUUUACAGAGAGUCCUGGAGGAGAGCAGGAGGGACAGUCACACAGGGACAGGGGAGUCCGCCAUGUCCAACCUGGUGGAUAUCUUUGGCCCCUCUGAGGCUCCGCCCCCAGCUGACGACCUCUGGAACGCCCAGCCUGCUGUGACCUCUGACCCCUGGGACUCUGUGGCAGUCCACUCCAACACUCCUGUGAUUGGUAGUCCCUGGGCGACCCGCCCCUCCUCCAGCAGCCCAACCAAUCCCUGGGCUCCGUCACGCUCUCCCACCUGGGAAGCUCCGCUCACAUCAUCAUCCAGCCCUGUCAAUCACGGCUGGGAGAGCCCGCCCCCUCUUACAGUGGACGGUACUGAUAGGACGGAUCUCUUCUCUGUCAGGGAGGAGGAGGAGUGUAAAGGAGAGGAGGGACCACCUCAACCUGGCAGUCCUACUGGACUAGACCUGUUUGGGGAGCGUGUUCUGUCCCCCGAGGUCAACGGGCGAGGGGGGGGCAGUCCGGAGAUGUUUGACCUGUCCCGUCUCGGCCCCCCCCAGGGCUCCGCGGCCCCCCGGAUGUGUCGCACCCCAGAAGCCUUCCUGGGACCUACGGGGGCGUCGCUCGUCAAUCUGGACGCACUCAUCCCCCCUAAUCCUCCUAGCAGGACCCACAACAACCCCUUCCUCUUAGGUCUGUGUGUUCCCUCUCCCACCAACCCAUUCCACUGUGACCAGCCUCGUCUCACGCUCAACCAGAUGCUCCGUCCCUGUUCCACCUCCCCACUCCCCCCUCACACUCUCCCCUACAGCCCCUCUCUCCCCCUCCCUCUCCCACACCACAUCCAGCCCUCCCCCGGCCUCCUGGACCUCCCCUCUAACCUCCCCCAUCCCCUCCUCCCCCUCUCCCCCGCCCCGGCCCACCGCGUGCCGCCCCAAUCUCACACACACAGCCACAACCCCUUCCUCUGA